UCCUAAACUUCCGCUUCCACGACUCGACACGAGCAUACCGUUCCCCCUCGACGACGACCUCGCGAACCUGAUUAGCCAGCGGCUCUCCGACCGAGACUUUCUUUGUUCGAUACGAGACGACACCGACGACAGACAAGGAACACAAAGAACCAAAACAAUUAGAUUGGCCAUUGCCUGAAGCAUCACAAUGGACUACGUCGACAAGCGCCUGCAGGAGGAAGCUGUGAAGCUACACGACGCACAAAGCGGCGGCUUCUUCACGCCCCUCAACAUCAUCUUCCUCCUCGUCCUCGGCUACACGACCUACGUCCUCCUGCGCCCGACCCCACCCCCGAAGCUCCCGAAGGAGCCACCCGCCAUCGUCUUCCGCGUCUUCACCCCGCGCACCUUGCUCCCUUUCGACGGCGAGGACGGCAAACCCGUCUACCUGGCUGUGCGCGGCCGCGUCUUCGACGUCACCCCGGGCCGCAACUUCUACGGUCCCGGCGGGCCCUACUCAAACUUCGCCGGCCGCGACGCCUCGCGCGGCCUGGCCCACGGCAGCUUCGAUGAGGAUAUGUUGACGGAGGACCUUGACGGUCCGCUUGACCCACUCGAGGGGCUCGGCCCGGACGAAAUUGAAGCCCUGGUGGGCUGGGAGGAGAGUUUCCUGUCCAAGUAUCUCGUGGUCGGCAAGCUUGUUGCCGUCGGUGAGGAGGAGAAGAAGUGAGAGAGGCGUGCUCGGCUGGAGUUUCCGGGAAGCGUCCCGAGUUGGCUGGCAUGGAAAGCGCAUCUGAGAUCAAACUACGGCAUCACGGCUUAGCUAGCACAGAGUCGGGUGUUCAGGGCACCCGCCAUACAUUGAUCCAAUCCGCGGCUUCGCAUCCGACAAGAUGGUUGUGACGCCCGAAGCAGGCAAAUAUGGAUCUGUGGCUUGACCUCUCAUUUAUGCAGCAGCAGCAGCAGCAGCAACCACCAGUACACCCUUGGAUGGCACUUCCCACGCUUUUGCGGCAUUCCACAACUGACGUUGUGUAGUGAGAGCUUGCAUUACCAAGUAGCGAGAGACAAGGGUAUGACAAGGCAACAAUAAUGAAAGGCCGCUUUCAGGCUAGCCAGAUGAUAGCGUCCGUCCAGUCCUAGGAGGUGAGAUUGGGGAGCGCGAUGAGCUGCUGAUGGCGGUGGCUGGGUCCUCCUUUCCACUGCCAUCCAUACCACAUACAUUGUAGGCAACAAGAAUUCGGCACGCCAGAUCCGCGUGGCUUGGCGGUUGUAUCGAGCCGC